CGAACGCGACAAGGAGCUGGAUUAGACUCCAUUUACACAUAUCGCCAUGCUGUUGAGGUAUUUGAGUGCAGCCGCUCUGGCUCUGCAAUCCGCAGACGCCUUCAAGGAUGCUUCUCCCUUCGUUUCAUACUCAACCAACCAGUUGGACGUAAAGGAGUCCAGCGUAAAUGUCAUCAGCGCGCAGACAUUGCAGAAGAAUGUUGGCGAGCAACUGAAGGGUUGCCCCUCGGACACAUACGUUUUUGUAUCGCAGCCUGGCCUCAACACGGCCGACCUCACCCUCUCCAAAUCCACACCGCAUCUGCGCCGCCGCCUCUCGGGCAAGGACGACAGCGUCAAGUCCAUCUUCGCCGCCAAAAAUGUCGUUGGAGACGUCGAUGCUAUGUCUUUGGUGGCUACCGUAAACCGCGAAUGCAGCAGCCUGGAUCUCCAAUUCUUCAGCACUUUGCUUCUAAGCGGCGAGAAGGGAGAGAUUCCUACCGAGGCCUACAACGCCAUCCACGUCCAGUUCCCCAGCCUGCCCACUGCUCAUGACGAUCGCGAAUCUGCUCUCCUCCAAGCCGACUCGUAUAUCAACUCGCUACUCGCAACCAUCGACUCAUACACUGUUCUUUACUCCACUCUCUCCAACCUGUCUCCCCCCAGCUCUCAGCACCCCGAUCAGUAUGAGAUGGACGAGCCCUACCCGUCGAACAUGCACACCGACCUGAAGCGUGACCUCAACUCCUACGUCUCCCGUGCCAGCAACAACACAAACCCCCAGGCCAACCUGCCAUUGUUCGAGAAAUACCAAUUCCUCUCACCAGGAAUCUUCAUGGGCGGUAUCGUCAGCAUCCUCCUCUUCUCCAUCCUCUACGUCGGAGUCAGCGCCAUUGCCAACCUUGAGGUUUCAUACAUGGCCUUCAGCAAGGAGAUGGGCCCUUCUGCAUCUAAGAAGCAACAACAGCAGCAAUAGAAAGCUGUUGGCUCAAGUAAAGAGAUACCAUCAUUGUGCUUUUUCGCAUACUCUCAUAAAGUUCAUGUAGAUUCACGUUCAAUACCUUCAGUUUCACAUUAUCAACGCAAUCUUUGUUAUCAGCGGGCCUGUACUGAAUGGACAAUCAAGCAGAAACAGCCUGAUCAAAUCUGGCGCAUCCCUUUCAUGUCACACGCCUCUUGAGUAGUGAUUCACAAAUCAGACGUUUAUCAGCAAUUGACUCACCCC